CUUCGUCUCUCUUCGUCUACCUCAAUGUACGGACAAAACCCGCCUUUCCUUCCCGACGGCGGCGGUAUCGUCCAUGGGUCAUUGCAACCACCGCAACUACAGCUACAGCAACACCAAAUCCAUCUGAACCCUAAUUUAUUCCCAAACCCCAAUCUUUUCGUCCCCAAUUUAUUGCCUCAAUUUAACCCCUUUCUCCAAAACCCUAACAGCUUCCUCCAGCUCCAACAGCUGUUUCAGAACUUGAAUCUCCCUGUUCAACUGAAUCACGAACAUGCUGAUUUUCAAGCGCCGUAUCAGAAUGAAUUUAAUAACAAUGACAGCAACAAUAGCUUCCCGCAACAGCACGUUAAAGUGGAAAAUGAGAUGGCUGAGAAAGUUGAUCAGGCGGCAAAGAGCGCUUGGAAGGACCUUUUGAAGUCGAAAGAGAAUGUUUCGGCGUGGAGAGUUUCUCAGGCAGCCUUGUUGGCGGUGAAUGCCGGUUCAUGGGAAAGUUUGGGGCUUCCGAUGCAGGAAGUGCCUUCGCUGAAGUGCAUCAUGGUUACAGAAGAGAAGAUCAAUGCAUUCAUACACUGCUUUUUAGCGGCUAGAAAAAUUACUACGUUGUAUGAUUUGGAAGUGGCAAUAUGUGAGAGUGAGGGCAUCAAAAAGUUUGAAGAGCUGGAAUUGGGUCCUUUGGUGAAGCACCCACUUGCUGUGCAUUAUUUUUCUCUGACUUCUAAAGUUACUGAAGUUUACAGAAUAAGAACCGAAGAAAUAAUAUCUUACCUUUGUGAGUUUAUUGAUACUCACAAAAGGAAAAGUAUUAGAGCCUAUUACUUUUUGAAUUUUAUUCGUGAAAAACAAUCUGCCAGUGGCUGUGAAAACCUCUGUGUGCGGGUCCAGGAUUUCGGAUUCUAUGUUAAUCAUAUAAAGCAGGCAAAAGAAUCAGAAGGUGUUGUACUAGAAAAAUGUUAUGAGAAAUUCAGAAAGCAAAAUGGGAAACGCAGCAAGAAGCGUCCACUUUUUUCAGAACAAAAAAAUGAAAUGGAUGGCCAUUUAAAAGAAAACUCCCAGCGCCUGAAGUCCUUUUCAUCGGAAAAUGCUUCUGGGAAACACAUAAGAUUUUUGUCAUCAAGUUCAGCAGAUGAUGAUAGUGAAGCGAAUCAUUGCGAAGAUAACCAGAUUGAGAAGAAUACAAACGGCAGUUGUAAUUUGUUGCUACCUAAUGGUAGAGCGGAGCGUGUUGGUAGCUGUCCUUAUCCUUCAGCAACUGAAGAAAUGGAAAGACUGGGCUUGAAAAGUGUAGAGCCUACCUCAUAUACUCCUGGUGGGGGUGUAAGGUGUGAUAUGCACAAUAAAAACUCCCGUCUGAAGAGAAAAUAUAAAAAAUUGAGUUCAAGCACUUUGUUACCUCGCAAGUUGCCUAAAAAGCAGAAAUUUGAUGAUGUCAAGCUUAAUGGCUCUGAUGAUCAGAGUUUAAGUGGCGAUUCACUUCCCAUCGAAUCAAUGACAUUUAUCACUACCCGGAAAGCGGCAUGCCUGGAUAAUAAUCCAGAUGAGAUUGUAACUCGUGAGGCUAUUGCCUAUGGUUUAGAAGGUAGUAGCCCCAUUUCUUUGCUGGUGAAUUGGGUUCUUCCAUAUGCUCAGCGCUACAUCUUCAAUGUACACCCGGACAAAUAUGUUCAACUUAAGCAUUCUUCUUUUGAGAAUCUCAAACGCCUGAAGAUUGUUGUUGUUGAAAAGUUGUUUUAUCGGUAUAAGAUAAAGAAAUCUGACAUUGCAUCAAAGAAAAGAUACCAGUGCAACUGCCUUCUGCAGGAAAACAUUUUAUACUGCCGUCAGGAAUCAGAUUCACACUCAAUAUUUCUGGAGUUAUCUUGUUUACUAUUUGAUGGAACUCCUGAAUUGCACUUUGCAAAUUUCCUUCAAACAAUCAAGACCAUGGCCGAAUCGGGUGCAACAGAGGAGCAAAUAGAAUCGUUCAUUAUGAACAGCAAGAAGGUGCCAAAGCUCCCUGAUGAGGAAUCCAUCUGGUCUCUUCAAUGUGCCUCAUCAUUGGUGGAAAAUUAUGCUGCACCCAUACCUUCUGGCUCUAGGAAGGUUGAGGGUUUGAGCAAUUUACGAUCCAAAUGCAAACCAAAUGAUUUUAGCGUUGAUGUUAAUUCAACAGCUCCUGGAGCAGUUCUAGUUGGGGUAGAGGUUCCAGAAUCCCAGCCUAAUCUUCAGAGCAACUUGGUGGCAUCCAACCUGAAUGUAGUUGCGGAUUCUCUUGAUCUCGAUUCCUCUGAUACCACAGAUGUACGCCCACCAGUUUUUAGUGAGAAGGAUCCGGAACUUGAGCAGGCAUUGCUCACAGGGAGAUUAGGGGAGCAUGUGGCAUUCAAAUAUUUCACGGAGGGAGAAAUUGGUGACCGUUCUGUGAAAUGGGUGAACGAAACUAAUGAAACUGGACUGCCUUACGAUAUUUUACUGGAGGGUGAUCACAACACUACUGAAUAUAUUGAAGUAAAAGCAACCAGAUAUGGAAGCAAGAAUUGGUUUCUCAUAUCUAUUAGAGAGUGGCAAUUUGCAAUUGAGAAAGGUGAAUUUUUCAGCAUUGCACAUGUUGUAUUGUCAGAAAAUGAUAUGGCGAAGGUCACGGUGUACAAAAAUCCAGCCAGAUUGUGUCAGCUGGGUAAUCUGAGGUUGGCAGUUGUGGUUCCAAAGCAGUACAAAUGUUCGUAGGGGUGUCCAAAUGGGUGGUAAGGUAUCAGGUAAUUCGAACCUGAUAUGCGAUGCGGUUGGCAGUUUUGGUUCCAUAACAGAUAGCGAGUAUCGGGAAAUUCCUGAUUCGAAAUGUGUAAUGCUUAAUCGAUGAGAAGUGAGAACUAGACCGUUCGUGUUAGAGAAAAAAAUUGAAAAUGUGUUUCUAUUUCUUGAUCUAUACAUACUUCGCCCCAAUCGGAGAUACAUAACGACAGCAAUAUGGUUUGGAAUGUUUAUUUGGUGUC